UAAACACUCAUUCCUACUAAAUACUUAGUAUCAAUACUCAUUCCUCUAUCAAAAUGCAGUUCACCGUUCUCUCCACCCUUCUCUUCGCCAUCACCGCCAUGGCCGCUCCCACCCUGGUUGUCGGUUCUGCCCCCGCCGCUGGUGCCGGCGCGGGUGCCGGCGUUGGCGGUGGUGUCAGCGGCGGUGUUGAUCUCGAUGCUAGUGUUGGCGGUGGUGUUGGUGGUGGUGCCGGUGCCGGUGUUGGCGUCGGUAUCUAAACGCCUUAAUACAAACUGCGAAAUUCAGAUGCAUGGGUUGGAAUCUUUGAUUCUUGAAUGGAAGGAACACUGCUUGAAAGACUGGCUGGCUGACUAACUGGUGUCAACUUCCCUGGUGUCUCUGUUUAAUGUUUUAUUUUCUGUGUCUCUGUUUGAUCUGACUGGAUAUAUCGAUGUUGGAGCUGAGUAAUUGAGUCUCGUUUGUAUGCAUGUCUUGAUGUGGGCAAAGAAAUAGCCCUACUUCGCUAUAAAUGUGAGCUAUCGAGUUG